AUGUCCAUCUCAAAGGUCGCCCUCGUCGGCGCCAACGGAAACCUAGGUUCCGUGAUCCUCCCCGCACUAGUCGAUGCAGGCUUCGAGGUGACCAUCAUCCAGCGCUCCGGCUCGAAAUCCAAGCCCGCCAUCUCCAGCCCCAACCUGAAGACCAAAGAGGUUGACGGCGAGUUCCCCCUCCCCGAAAUCACCGCCGCCCUCAAGGGUCAAGACGCCGUCAUCGCCGCAUUCCCCCUCCCCAACCGCCUCCAACACCAUCUCCGCCUCGCCUACGCCGCCGCCGAAGCCGGUGUCCGCCGAUACAUCCCCGCCGACUUCGGAUCCUGCGACGCCGCCGCCAGCGAGCCCCUCCGCCGCCUCCAGCUGUAUCGCGACAAGACCAAGGUCCGCGAGCGCUGCCAGGGGCUGACCCGCGAGUUCCCCGACACCUUCACCUGGACUGCCCUCGUCUGCGGCCACUUCUUCGACUGGGGUCUAAAGAAGAAGUUCCUCCACAUCGACCUCGACCAGCACACCGCGCUGAUCCUCGACGGGGGCAACAAGCCUGCCUCCGUGGCCACCCUGAGACGCGUGGGCGAGGCUGUUGUCAGGGUGCUGCAGCGCCCGGAGCAGACGGCCAACCGGACGCUGUACGUCCAGUCCUUCAACCCAACACAGCGCGAUGUCAUCAAGGCGCUAGAGCGAGCCACGGGAGCAGAGUGGACAGUGGAGGAGGAGGAGUCUGGGAAGUUUCUUGACCGUCACCAGAAGCUGUACAAUGAGGGCUCGCACGAGGCACAGGAGGAUAUUGUGUACGCCUUGGGUGCCCUGGACGCUGACUGGACGACGAGGGACGGCUAUGCCAUGGAGCUCCUGGGACUCGAGAACGAAGACCUAGACGAGGUUGUGGGCGCCAUCUUGAAGGAGCACGCCGCUCAAUCGAAGCCUACAGCAUAG